AUGUUCAUCCUUUAUUCUCUGUUUUCUUCCGUUGAUCACGUCUUUCUUUUCUGUUUUUCUUAUUUCCUUUCUUUUCUUUGUCUCUUUUCCUUUUCAUAUUUAUCUCUUUUUUUUUCUCUUGUUUUCUUAUUUUUUUGCCUCUUUAUUUUUUCUUCUUUGAUUUUUUUCCAUUUUCCUUCUCUCUUAUUUUCCUAUUCUUUUUCAUUUUUAUUUUUCAUUUCUUUUUCGUUUCGCUUUAUUUUUAAUUCUUUAUUUCCCAUUUUCCCCCCAAAUCAUCUUAUUCAAUUUCUUAAACUGUUUCUGUUUGUUUCUCUGGCUGUCUGUUUGUUUGUCCGUCAGUUUCUUUCUUUCUUUCUUUCUUUCUUUCUUUCUUUCUUUCUUUCUUUCUUUCUUUCUUUCUUUCCUUCUUUCUUUCUUUCUUUCUUUCUUUUAUGGCCUUUCAUAUUUUCUUUUUUCCCUUCCGCUGUCCAUAAAUUUAAAGUUUAUUUCUUUUGUUUUCUUAUACACCUCUGCCCUUUUAUGCCUUCCUUCUUGUCUUUCCAAAGAUUUUUUCCCUCCUCCCAUGAGAUCAGUUACAGCCAACGUCCAGCGGAGACGAUUGAUAAUUAG